AUGAGUGACUCCACUUUUUCGUUGGCAGAAGGUGUGGAUCAUAACCUUAACGGGAGCAACAUCCAUACCAAUGAUGUAUGGUGCAUCAGUGGAAGUGGUCCAUGGCUCCUGGCGGUCAUUAUGUCCCUCAUUAUUCUGGUGACAGCUUGUGGGAACAUCCUGCUGAUAGCGCUGGUGUUCGCCCACCGCUCAUUACGCUGCACGUCAAACUGCUUCCUCGUCUCCCUCUUUCUAUCUGACUUGAUGGUAGCUCUGGUGGUGAUGCCACCUGCCAUGUUGAACGUUCUCUGCGGCACCUGGGUGCUCUCUCCCGGGUUCUGUCCCGUCUGGCUUUGCUUUGACGUCAUGUGCUGCAGCGCCUCCAUCCUUAACUUAUGUGUGAUCAGCCUGGACCGCUAUCUCCUCAUUAUCUCUCCAUUACGCUACAAGCAGCGCAUGACCCCUCCCCGGGCUUUGCUGCUCGUGGGUGGUGCUUGGGGAUUGGCAGCACUAACAUCUUUCCUGCCAAUAGAGAUGGACUGGCACAGUCUAGGUAUGCAGGACCACUCUGGGCAUGGCAUGAUCAACACUACAAUCCCAUGGUUGAGCUCCUACUAUCCAGCUUCAUACUUCCAGCUCUCCAACUCAGGCACGCUGUCUUUACAAUGCCGUCUGCGAGUCACUCUGCCUUUUGCCUUGGUUGCCACUUUCCUCACUUUCUUCCUUCCAUCGACGGCCAUUUGUUUCACUUACUGCCGCAUCCUGCUGGCCGCAAGGAGGCAGGCACGUCAAGUAGAAGCUCUCACAUAUCCUCCAUACCCACAACAUUCACCUGGAGAACCAUCCCGUCCUCCAUCACUUGGACAUGCUGCUCAAGAAGUAGAUGACUACAGCCACCAGGAUCCUCCAGUGAUGCGCCAGGCUCCGGUAAGAACAUAAAUCAAGCAGUUAAGGAAGUGAGAGCAGGUAUGAAAUAAGGAAAAAUGAAAUAAAAAUUGUAAAAUUGUUGCACAAAAUUUUACUUUGCAAGUGAAUUAUACAACCAUAUGCCCUUGCUGUAGCCUUGCCUUUUUGCUCUUCUA